AUGUCAUCUGGAAACAAGGAAACCACGUCCCUGCCCCUCUCUGAACCUUCUGAAGAAGAGCAACAGCGCGCAGUAGAACUCCGGCGCGAAAGAAGGGAGAUCCUACGAAACGUCCGGAUACGGCGCGACAAUCAAAACAGCGCAAUAUCAAGGCGUGCCAGAACCGCCUCGGCUCCUGAUCGUGGUACUCUCGUCUCUCGUGAUUCAUCCCGCCCAAAUGCAUCGACCCUCAAUGGUACCAACAGUUUGGAAAAGAGCGGCAAGGGUUCCUCUUCUGGCGUUAGCAAGAACUCUGAUAAGGGUCGAACUUAUGGAUACGGGGUAGAGCAAAGCCGAUGCAUUCGUGCUGACGGAAUCUUGACCUUGCGUCUCCCCAAUACCUCCGACCGGGCUAGCGACAAUCAUGGCGUUGAACUCAUUAGGCGGGAUGCCCCGGCCUUCCUACAGGCCAAUAACACGUUGAAGGACGCGAUGUUUGCUCUACGGCUCCCAUAA